AUGACGCUAUCUGAUUUCUCCUCUUCUGAUUUUCGAUUCAUCUUAGCUAGAGGAUGUCCCUACAUUACUCUAGAAGUUUCCAGAACUUUACCCCUCUCUUUUUCCACAAAAUCCGCCAUUAAUUCUCUCUCUUCUCCAACCCCCAGAAAACACAAAGUCGAGCUUCAAAACGAGCAAAUCUGGAUAAUUUACUCUUCUUCUGAUUUGAAUCUUGAGAAAAAAGAUGAUACCCAUUUUGUUAGUUCAAAAUUAUUUUCUGGGGUUGUUAGAAUUGCGAUUUUACCAGAUGAAAAAACCCAGAAGAAUGAAGAAAUCCUCGAUUUAUACAGUACUUGUUACCCUGUUAAUGGCGAAGCAAUUUUUGCAACCCCAUUUAAGUUGGAUUAUAAAUGGGAGAAAAAAGGGUGGGGAGAUCAAUUGUUAAUUCUAGCCCAUCCACUGCAUCUUAAGCUAAUUUCUGCUUAUAAUUCUGGGAUUAGGGUUCUUGAUAAUUUUAAGUAUAAAUCAAUUGAUGGGGAAUUAGUUGCUGUAAUUAGAAAUCAAUGGAGUAUUAGGGUUAAUAAUGUUCCAAUUUCAUGGCACUCGAAUCGAGGAAUUUCUGAAGAAAAUUACCCAGAAAUUGUUAGUGCACUUUGGAAAUAUGGUGGUUUGAAUUCAUCCCCAAUUUCAACCACCCAUUCUUAUCAUUAUGCAAUGCAGGUUGCUAGAAUUGCUAGAUGGGGUUAA